CUGCGGUCGAAAGGAAUUCGAUAAAGCCAGAGGACAGGAUCGAGCACCUGAUGACUAACUUUAACAGCUGGUUUCAGUGAGCGAGCGUCCUGCAGGCGUGUGACCGGCCGUGCGACAUGGACCUCGGCUACCAGGACUGGAUGUCCGCCUUACCCGCGGAGCUGUGGGACGUCCCUCUCACCAACCUGGCCAUACCCGGGAGCCAUGAUGCCAUGAGUUACUGUCUGGACAUAAACUCCCCCCUGGUCCCGUCUGAAUCCGACCUCUUCUGGCUCCUGGACCGACUCUUCUCCUGCUUCACCAGACCGGCCAUUUUUAGAUGGGCUACAACACAGGACAAAAGCAUCGAGGAGCAGCUGUCCAUGGGGAUUCGCUUCUUUGAUCUCCGCGUUGCACACAAACCCGACGACUCGUCCAGCCACCUGUACUUCACACACGUCAUCUACACACACCUAACUGUUCUGGAGACCCUGGCGUCUGUCUCCACCUGGCUGGACUCCCACCCAAAGGAGAUUGUUAUUCUGGCAUGCAGCCAUUUUGAGGGACUCGAGGACAAACUGCAUCAGCUGUUCAUUUUCUCCCUUAAGAAGCUGUUUGGCUCAAAGCUGUGUCCCCAGAAGGAAUCCGUCCUGACCCUGCGGAGCCUGUGGGCCUCUGGUUACCAGGUGGUCCUGUCCUACGACUCCCAGACUGCUGCGAGACACCCGGAGCUGUGGCCCGCCAUCCCUUACUGGUGGGCCAACCAGCGCACGGCCCAAGGAGUGAUCAGCUACCUGGACUGGAACCGAGACCUGGGACGUCCAGAGGGCUUCUUCGUCUCGGGCCUGAACCUGACAGCUGAUCGCCGUUACAUCACCGAGAACCCGAAGCAGUCCCUGCGGACGCUGACCUUCAGUAACUGGGAGUGUUUGAGGAAGUGGCUGGAGGGACAGGCGCCGGGGCCGGACCCCAAGAGUCUCAACAUCAUCGCGGGGGACUUUGUGGGUCCACUUCCGCUCUGCUCUCUGGUCAUCGCGCUGAACAAAAAACUUCUACAGAAGAAUGCCGUCAGACAGAACUAACAAAAGCGGGAACUGAUCCUGAAAAUGUUACUGUAUACCUCAUCUCUUUUCCAUACUAUUUCUAUGCACUUUUGUCGUCGUUAUACAAAGAGGAGUGGGGCCACGUGUGAAAAAUGUACUUGAGUUCUUACUUUAAUCUCAGAAUUUUGACUUUAAACAUGUUUCCCAUGUGGCGCUACUCCUCUUCCAUCUCAUUGAGACCUCUAACUGUUUAGAACCAAAUCUGUAUGUUACAAUCUGAUUUCUGUAUGUGUUGAAUCUACAGCUCUCAUGUGCAAUAUUAUAGGAGCCGAACCCGUUGUUUACAGUGUUCUGAAUGUGGGUGUGGUUUUGUCUCUGUGCUAUAAAGACUAUGAAGGUGAGCUCCAAAUAUUUGUCGGCAGGUGUUUGUCCCAAAAGGGCAAGUGGUGUUGGACCGCUGAAGCGCUGUGACCCUGAACGCUGUGAUGCUGGAGCGCGUUGGCGCCAAAACCUUUGCUCAGAAUGCUGUCUUAUUGUUUAAGGAUUUAAUGCUGAAAACUGAAAGAAUGGACAUUUUCAUGCUGCAUGGUAAACCAAAUAAAUUGUUAUUCUUGCU